UACCGAUUGUAGAUUUAUGAUUUCACUCCUUAUGAUGGUUAUAAUUAUAUGCAUGCUCAAUAUAUGCAGGUCAGGGUAUGUUAAAAGACUCAUCACAAUUUUACAGAUGUAGUUAAAAUUUACAUCAAUAACAUCCACGCCUCAUAAAAUUUACGAGAUCACGGGAUUGGGCACGAGUCCUUGUAGUCCGGGUAACAAACAAUGGCGAAGUAAUUUCUUUGUCAUCAAUGACAAAGCAAACCAAAAAAUAAUUACAUAAUUGAUUAUUCAUAUAAAAAUUAUAAACAAUCACUAUCUUUUUUGCAUCUCAUAUUAUUAAUCAUCAAUCAAUCAAUAUAAGAAAGGAUCUACUAUGAAUACAAAUUUCACAACUUGGGCUAGUGAUAAUACUGAAAAGGGAGUGGAAGAUUCUUCUAAAUUUGAUCCCUCAUUUACGAGACAUCAUGAUGAAAAUAAUGAAGAUGGUUUCCAUUCUGUUGUGGAUGAAGUUGCUGCGGCUGCUGUGGCCAAUGUUCAUCAUAAUGAUGGGUCUAGUCAGGAUGAACAAGUUAGAGCUGCUCAUGAAGCUGCUGCUGCUGUUGCUGCUGCUCGAUUAGAAUCAGCAUAUAAUUUACCUCAUGAUAAUGGAAAGAAAUCCUCUCAACAACUUCAAAUUCAACAAGGUCAAUCCCAACAAAGUCAACAAAGUCAACAACAACAACAACUUGCGGAAAAGUAUACUAGAGUUGUGUCAACUACCAAGAGAGCUGCUCAGAAUAGAUCAGCUCAAAGAGCAUUUAGACAAAGAAAAGAUAAAUAUAUUAAAGAUUUAGAAAGUAAAGCAGCUGAAAUUGAUCAAUUAAGACAAACUAUUGAUGAAUUAAGAUCAGAAAAUUUACAACUUCGAGAUUAUACAUUAGCUUUACAAAGUAGAUUAAUUGAAACUGGUCAAGCUUUAGGAUCGGGAUCUCAUAAUUCUGGAACUGGUAGACAACUGAUAUCAAGUACCAAUGAUGGAUCUCAUUCCCAAAUUCCAACUUUACCUGCUGGAGUUUAUCCAAAGGGAUAUCAUAAUGAGAAGUAAGGAAGACUAAAAGUAGAUUAAAAUACUUUUCUAAGUAAUGUAGAAGUAGUGUAAAUUAUUAUUAUUUAUUAUUAUUAAAUAUCAGGUUAAUAAAUAUUAUUAUGGUUUUU